CACACUCGGGAGCUUUCAAAGUUCUGUUACUACAAACUAUCUCAAUAGAAGGCAGUUCCUUUCAAAAAUGUAGAGUUGGUUUUCCUGAUCUUUGCUCCCUCGAAGAGUUGACAGCCGCGUCACAACUGGCUUGACCGUGCCCAAAGUGGACCAUCCGAUUGACCAAGCCCACCUGGAGAAGAUGGUGAAAAGAGCAGUCCAGGAGUACUCCUACAAGAAUUCGAUAGAACCAACAGCCUACCGGCCGUACAAAUAUUGGGUGUCCCGUGAAGAAGAAAAAUUCAACCCGGUGUUCGUCGGCAAUGACAGAUACGCAACCUGGCGGACUGGGCCGUACAACAGCGCAGCCUGGAACCGAUACACCACGUACCUGCCACGGAUCCCCAGGGAAGCUGGCAUGGAUGCCAUUCUGCGCGGGAUGCCCAUGGAGUACCCUCCAAAGCCUGAGCGACUCAACAACUACGAACGUGAAGUUGUGGUCAACAUGUUGAACAGCUUGUCUCGGAAGCAGCUUCCAUACGUCCGGCAUCACUACCCCAUCCCGGGCCGGAUGCCAUACCAAGGCUACUACAGCCCCUGCACUGGACGCCAUUACUGCUUGCGUGGAAUGGAUUACUACGUGGACGGAGCCCCCACCACCGAGAGACAGAUCAGCCAGCUAGUUGAGAAGAUU